AUGUCGCUCCCUUCUCACGGUUGGGGAUCAACUCGGAGAGGGCGAGCAGCAUCUUCUGCUUCUCGUUCAAGCGCACCUCCCAUGACUGGCUCCCCAGACUCCCACAGCGCCUUGGACAAUGCAUCCUCUAGUAUACGUUAUGGAUCCUUUAACGACCAUCACGAAUCCCAGCGGCCAGCACCAAAUCCAGUGACCCCAAAUAGCUAUAGAGAGCCGACCCGCUCGUCGAUACAUCUCUCUUAUCGGGGCGCUUCAGUUCCCAUUGAUAGUGCACAAUUGGCCCUAAGCGUUCGAGAGGACACUGCAGAACUCGCAUCCUACGGUCUCUCUGAUAGAGGCUCUGUUCACAAUGGCUCUCCUCAACCUCGGCGCCCCAUCCAAACACAUCUCGAAUCCUAUUUUCCCGGCGAUUCUGACACGGAGUUAUCCCGCCAGAACACCAUCGAGGAAGUUCCAGAGCCCAUAUCGCCGGAAGAGAGCACCCCAGCAGACGGACGCCCAGGCACCUCUGCUCUCACGGAUAUGUUAAGGCGCUCCCCGCCGAGUCUCGACGGCAACUUGGAACAGGGGAAUCUAGCGGUAAAACCAGGUAGCAUUCAAGAAGAUGAACGGACACCACUACUAGAAAGGCAUCAUGAUUCCAGUAAUCACGAUCAGAUACCAACUGAACGUGAUCUUGAAAGACAAGAGAUCACAAGGACAUACAAGGCAAAGUUACGAGACUCUGUCCGGAUACCUUUGGAAACACAUAUCAAAAGUGCUUGGAACGUUCUUAACCCUAGGCAUUGGGAAAGGAGGGUUAUCUGGCAAAAUGCUGUGGUUGCACCGGUUGGAUAUCUCCCAGCGGUUAUUCUGGGCCUUUUGCUCAAUAUUCUUGACGCUUUAUCAUAUGGGAUGAUUCUCUUCCCGCUAGGACAACCUAUUUUUGAGAAGCUUGGCUCCGCGGGCAUCUCCAUGUUUUACAUCAGCUGCAUUAUAUCUCAAUUGGUAUAUUCUUGUGGCGGGAGUCGCUUUACUGGUGGUAUCGGCUCCGAAAUGAUCGAGGUUGUGCCAUUCUUCCAUAAGAUGGCUUUUACUAUUAUGGAGAAGGUUGGAGAGGACAAUCCGAAGGCUGUCAUUGCAACCACAAUUACAUCAUAUGCCAUUAGCUCUAUCCUAACCGGAAUUGUCUUCUUCCUCAUGGGGAUUUUUAAGUGUGGAUAUAUUGUCGGCUUCAUUCCGAGACAUAUCUUGACUGGUUGUAUCGGCGGCGUCGGUUGGUUCUUAAUCGCAACAGGCUUCGAGGUUUCUGCCCGCUUAGACGGUAACCUGGACUACAACUUUGAUACUUUGCGCAAGCUGUUCGAGGGGGAUACUGUUGCCUUGUGGAGCAUUCCGUUCAUCCUUGCGGUAAUUCUUUACAGGUUGCAACGAACGAUCAAGAACCGAUACUUAUUGCCGGUUUAUAUAUUGACGAUUCCCGCAAUCUUCUAUUUCUUUGCUUUAUCACUUGAUGAACUGGAUCUAAACAAGUUAACGCGGGAUGGAUGGGUUUUUGAGGGGCCAGAAGCCGGAGAGCCAUGGUGGUACUUUUAUACAUUAUAUGAUUUCAAGAUAGUGCAUUGGGGAGCCAUAGCAGACACCAUACCGGCAAUGUUUGCACUCACUUUCUUCGGCAUCUUACACGUUCCGAUCAAUGUUCCCUCACUCGCUUUUAGCAUCGGUGAAGAUAACCUGAGUCUAGACAGAGAGCUUAUUGCGCAUGGUUUAUCUAAUGCCCUCUCAGGUUUUGCUGGCAGUAUACAGAACUAUCUAGUAUAUGCCAAUAGCGUGCUUUUCUAUCGGAGCGGCGGUGAUAGUCGGGUCGCCGGAGUCAUGCUUGCUGUCUUCACUGGCGGGGUUCUCGUUAUAGGCCCAGCUACCAUCGGGUAUAUUCCGGUAAUGAUGGUGGGCGUACUAAUAUUUGUGCUUGGGUUUGAGCUAUUCCUUGAAGCUGUAUGGGAGCCGAGGAAGAAGCUGAACCUGCUAGAAUACCUUACUGUGGUCACAAUCGUACUAGUCAUGGGCAUCUACGAUUUUGUAACUGGGAUUUUCAUCGGAAUCGGUCUUGCCUUCUUGUCGCUCGUGGUCUUUACCUCCAGGGUCCCAGCUAUUAGGGCAUCGCAUUCUGGUGAAAUUGCCGGCUCAACCGUUCGGAGGAACCCUACACAGCACGGCUACCUUCGCAAAGCUGGGCAACAGAUCCAUAUCACGAAGUUAGUGGGUUAUCUAUUUUUCGGCACGAUUGUUAGCGUUGAGGAGCGCCUUCGUGCAUUGAUUGAUGACGAGGCUUUUCAUGCCCGACCUAUCCGAUUUUUGGUCCUCGAUCUGUACCACGUUACCGGAAUUGACUACUCGGCCGCGGAGGCGUUUAAUCGGGUGAACAGAAUAUUUAGCAAGAAAGGAGUCACACUAGUUAUAACUGGUGUGGUCUCCGGUGGGCCAUUAAGCUCAUCUUUGUUUGCUGUUGGGCUUGGGCAGGAUGGAAAUGAGGUCAAAUUAUUCGCCGAGCUUAACUCUGCUCUCGAGUUCUGCGAGAAUCAGUUGUUGAAAACACUUUAUAUGAGCAAGGAAGCCCGUACCCUGCGAAACGCACCCACCUAUCUCGAUGUCCCUGGCCAGGAUCAACAAGUUCAUCACUCCAUAGACGCUCAGUUUAGUUCACCACGCCGCAACCAUCUUCAGAAUGCGGCCAUCUCAACGCUGGCCGAGAUUCCAGGAGAAUCUCGAUAUGCAAGUUUCAAAGAACCGCUCCGACUUAUCCUACAAAGUUUCCAGGGCCUUACUAGCCAGAAUGAGGAUUUCUGGUUUCGAGCUGUGCCUUACUUCACAAGGAAGGAGUACCUUGCAGGCACAAUCAUCUACCACUGUGGCGAGCAAGCUGAUGGCUUCUACCUCCUUGAGACUGGUAUCCUCCGGGCUGAUUACGAGUUACCGCAAGGCCGCUAUUUCGAGAGUAUCGUUGCAGGAACUACAUGUGGAGAGCUGCCAUUCUUCUCGGAGACCGCGCGUACUGCCACUGUCCAAGCAGAGCGUGAUGCCAUCGCUUGGCUUAUGGAUCGAGAGAAUUGGGAGAAGUUACAAAAGGCGGAACCGGAUGUUGCGCAAGAACUGUUGAGGAUAUCUUUGAAGCUUACGAGUGAGAGGAUGAGUACUAUUACUUCUUAUGUGUUAACAAUCGCCGGGUAG